AUGGUCUACAAGACUCCCUUUGUCAAUGGUAUUGCCUAUACCACUAUCACUACAUACUCAAAGAGUAGUUUUGAAGAAACGCUCACUUUCUAUAAGUCCUUAUUGGAAUUGAACGAGACAACUGUAUUAAACGAUACUACUGUCAUGCUAGCUAAUGAGGUAACAUUUAUAAUCGUAAAAUUGAUCGAAGAUAGUAGCAAAUGCCAAAAUUUCCAAGUCUACAGAAAGAACUUGAUAGAUCUAAGAUUUGACCGAGACUGGCGUGGCCUAGCCGUCGAUUCGAUUACAUUCACCGUUUCAAGUCUAUCAAUCAUGAUGCAGCAUUUAAUGAACAUGAACUUACCAUUCCAAUGUUCACCAAGUAUCACAGCGCCCACGCAAAUCUACACGCUUGAUCCCGUAGGUAACUUAAUUGGGAUGACAGGAACAAAAAAUGCGAUAAGUACACAACUUGCACCUCCAAAAUCUCCCGUGUCAAGUGCACUACCUUCUAGGAGUAGUAGUACUCGAAACCUGAAUAAAGAUCUUUCCUCACAUUUAACAACCGAGGGAGAUUAUCCAUCACUUCCUCCUAAUAUAGACGUUUCUGAUAAAAAUAAACGAUGUAUAGCAGUUAUGACAUCUGGAGGAGACGCACCAGGAAUGAACUCAAAUGUUAGGGCCAUUGUACGAACCAUUAUCUUCCACAAUUGCAAGCCAUUUGUUGUAUAUGAGGGAUAUGAAGGGCUAUUGCAUGGAAAUAUCAAGGAAGUGCUUUGGGAAGAUGUCAGGGAUUGGAAUGCGAUGGGUGGUACUCUCAUUGGUACUGCACGUAGUCCAGACUUCAAAAGACGCGAAGGAAGAAUACAAGGAGCUCACAAUCUCAUUAAUUUUGGUAUAGAUGCCUUAAUUGUUUGUGGCGGUGAUGGCUCCUUAACGGGUGCUGAUAUAUUCAGAAGCGAAUGGCCCGACCUAAUCAAAGAGUUACUGGACACAAAUAAGAUAACGGAAGAGCAAUAUAAGAGGCAUCAGCACCUGAAUAUUUGCGGUACUGUAGGCUCUAUUGACAAUGAUAUGUCUUCAACUGACACUACUAUUGGGGCAUAUUCUGCGUUAGAUAGAAUUUGUGAGGCUGUCGAUUACGUCGAAGCCACAGCAAAAUCGCACUCAAGAGCAUUCGUUAUUGAGGUAAUGGGAAGGAAUUGUGGCUGGUUAGCACUGAUGACAGGUAUUUCUACGGCAGCUGAUUAUAUAUUCAUACCAGAAACUCCAGCUUCCAGCGAAACAUGGCGUGAGGAAAUGUGUGACACAGUGUCAAAGCAUAGAGCCAGAAAUAAGAGAACAACAAUGGUUGUAGUAGCAGAAGGUGCAAUAGCAGAUGAUUUGAAACCGAUAACAGCGUCCGAUAUACAUGAGACUUUAACGAAGAGACUAGGUCUUGAUACUAGAAUCACUACGCUGGGUCACGUUCAAAGAGGCGGAUCUGCUGUUGCCUACGACAGAAUAUUGGCCAACUUACAAGGUGUAGAAGCGGUUAAUGCCGUUUUAGAAUCCACACCAACUUCACCUUCCCCUAUCAUAACUGUAAAUGAGAAUAAGAUAAACAGGAAAUCGCUGGUCGAAUCUGUUAGACUAACAAAAUCAGUUGCUGAGGCAAUUAAGGCCAAAGAUUUUAAAAAAGCAAUGUCGUUAAGGGAAACUGAAUUUGUGGAGCAUUUACAGAACUAUUUGGCCAUGAAUAGAGCUGAUCAUUAUGAGCCAAAAUUACCCUCCGAGAACAGAUUGAAGAUUGCCAUAAUUAACAUAGGUGCACCUGCGGGUGGUAUCAAUUCUGCAGUCUACUCAAUAGCUACGUACUGUAUGUCCCAAGGACAUAAACCGUACGCUAUUUAUAAUGGAUGGAGUGGGCUAUCAAGGCAUGAAAGUAUCAGAUCACUCAAAUGGCAUGAUAUUUUAGGCUGGCAAAGUCGUGGUGGAUCUGAACUGGGAACUAAUAGGGAUACACCUUCAAGUACAGACAUGGGUAUGAUAGCUUAUUAUUUCCAGAAAUAUCAAUUUGAUGGUUUGGUUCUUAUUGGUGGAUUUGAAGCAUUUGUUUCCUUAGAGCAAUUAGAGAGAGCGAGAGACACGUUCCCAGCCUUCAGAAUUCCAAUGGUUCUCAUACCAGCAACUCUUUCGAAUAACGUGCCCGGUACCGAAUAUUCAUUAGGAAGUGACACAGCUAUGAAUGCUUUGAUGAAAUACUGUGACGCUGUCAAACAGUCAGCAGCUUCCACCCGUGGCAGAGUUUUUGUUAUUGAAGUUCAAGGUGGAAAUUCUGGAUAUUUGGCUACCACUGUAUCGCUUGCUGUGGGAGCACAAGCAUCUUAUGUCCCAGAGGAAGGUAUAUCCUUGGAGCAACUGUCACAAGAUAUCGAAACUAUAGGACAAUCAUUCGAAAAGGCUCAAGGUAGAGAACGAUUUGGUAAGAUAAUAUUGAAGACAGGAAAUGCUUCUAAGGCGCUAGGUGCAGCAAACUUGGCUAGGGUGAUUCAGGCUGAAAGCGGAGGGAAGUUUGAUGCGAAAUUUGCAAUACCUGGCCAUAUUCAACAAGGAGGAUUACCUUCACCUAUAGAUCGUACCAAAGCUACGAGGUAUGCUAUUAGAGCAAUUGGUUUCAUAGAGGAUAGUCAGUCAAUUAUCUGUGGCUCAAGAACAGGAGACGAAGAAUUCAUGGCAUAUGACAAAAAGAUAUCAGCUACUGCUUCCGUCUUAGGAGUAAAAGGUUCUAGAAUAACGUUUACCUCGAUAAGAAAACUAUAUGAUCAAGAAACUGAUCUUCCAAAUAGGAUGCCGAAGACUAUACAUUGGGAGGGGACGAGAGCUAUAGCUGAUCAUUUAGUUGGAAGGAAAACGGUGGGUGUAAACGGCACAUGA